AGAGAUGGACGGGCCGGAUGUUUUGUUGCCCAAAGGAAAAGGAAAAGGAAAGGAAUGAAAAGGAAGGGACGAAAGAAACAGACCAACCAUCAGGAACAGGAUCCAUCCAUCUCUGAAUCUGGAGCAGCUGAGCUUCCUAUCCUGUCCUGUUGUUCAUCCAUCGCUUGGUUUGAUCAGAUGCAAGCAAGCAAGCAUCGGCGGUCUCGUCUGCCGCAAGUUUUCCGGCCGGGAAACAAAUGAAAAGCAAGCCACUGCACUUCACUCUCGCAGUGAUAAGUAGCUUUGCUUUCCUGCGAUCCGCAUCAGCACAUGCCACCCACCAUCACCAUCACCAUCACCAUCUCACACAUGAUAAAAAGAAGCGGCCGCCGGCCGCAUCCAGACUUCCGCCAGACCAGGUUGCUGCUUCCACACACUGACACGCAUGCACCAGAAGCAGCCCACACGCCGCCGCGAGGCCCCCGCCCCCGCCGCCGCCGUGCCACCGGGGCACUACGCGGCCGCGGGUCAACCCUUCUUCAGGCCGCCGCCCCCGUCCGACUCCGACCCACCGGGGGCGGGGCACCACCGCGCACCACCGCCGGAUCGCCCCUCGCCCAGGCCGCCGGGGCACCGCUAUGCUGCGCCGGCGGAGCGCCCUCUGCCCAGACCGCCGGGGUCCUCCGCGGAUCGCCCCCUGCCAAGGCCGCCGGGGUCGCCCGACCACCCCGCGCUGACGACGCCUCCACCGCCGCCGGGGCCGCACGCGUACCCGGCAGGAGAGCCCCCCCUGCGGCGCUCCUCGUCCUCCGCGCUGGCGUCCUGCCUGGCCGCGACGGCGUUCCUGCUGCUGUCGGCGGGCGGUGCGGGCGCGGCGCUGUUCCUGCUGUUCCGGCCGCGGCCCCCCGAUAUCGCGGUGGCCGCGGUGCGCCUGCCCUCCUUCGCGGCCGCCAACGGCACCGUCGCCUUCACCUUCCAGCAGACGGCGUCGGUGCGCAACCCCAACCGGUCCCCCCUCGCGCACUUCGACAGCUCGCUCCGCGUCGCCUACGCCGGCGGCGAGCUCGGCUCCGUCUACAUCCCAGCGGGCCUCAUCGACGGGGGGCGCACCAAGGACAUGUCCGCAACCUUCGACGUCCCGGCCAUCCCCGUCGCCGACCAGCCGCAGCAGCCGCAGCAGAUGGUCAUCGAGGUGGAGUCGCUGCUGGUGAUCAAGGGGAGGGUGAAGAUGCUGCGCUUGCUCACGCACCGGGUGCAGGCGGCCAAGGUGUGCCGCGUCGGGGUCUCGCCCGUCGACGGCAGGGUGCUCGGAUUCCGAUGCUGACUAGGAGCCUCGCUCACUCUGCUGGUCAUCGUCGCCGGCUUCGGAUUCCGAUCGAAGGAAUCAACAACAAAUUGAAUGUGUACAUGCAUGCUUGUUUGCUUAUUAUACAGUAUGAAGGAAUCCUUUUCCCCAUUUGCUUAA